AUGAUUUCUGUUCCUCUAGGAGAUGACGAAGCUCGAACGUCGCCGGUACAAAUCCAUCUAUAUUCGCCUUCUCCUCCUCCGUCUCUCUUCAAUGCCUUUAAAAUCGAAGAACAACGUAAGCAAUGGACGGCGAACCUAGUCUAUGCCAUCGUCCGAGACGGCGAAAUCGGAGCCGGUAAAGCAUGUUAUUCGAAAAGCUAUCUCCGUUUCAGAAUAUUUCAUGCGGUUAGAUCUCCGAUGAACUUUCGCGUUGGAGACUAUCUCCAGCGAGAGGAUGUCUCCGAAUUUUAG